AUGGCUACUCAAUUUCUACUAAGUUUGAGCUUGAGGCUUGCAUGGUCAUAUGCCAAGACAAUUACAAACGCAGGUGAUGAUGAUGACGAAUUACUACCAGUCCCCGAUACUCCUGAAAUAAAUGAUCCAAUAUCUUCUGAACCAGCAGAUGAGGUAAGUCCAGUGGUGGAGGAAAUGUUUUCCUCAUGGGCCCUUUUUAUUAUGCUAUUUCUUCUUAUAUCCGCAUUAUGGUCCAGUUAUUACUUAACUCAAAGGAGAAUAAGGGCUGUUCAUGAAACCGUCUUAUCAAUCUUUUACGGUAUGGUAGUGGGUCUUAUAAUUAGAAUGACACCCGGUAAUUAUAUCCAAGACACAGUCACCUUUAAUUCGUCGUACUUCUUUAACGUCUUAUUACCCCCAAUUAUUUUAAAUUCUGGGUAUGAACUGAAUCAGGAGAAUUUUUUUAACAACAUGGUCUCCAUUCUCACAUUUGCCAUUCCGGGAACCUUCAUAUCCGCAUGUGUGUUAGGAAUCAUCCUGUAUAUUUGGACAGCUAUCGGUUUGGAAAGCGUUAACAUAUCUUUCGUGGAUGCACUUUCUGUGGGUGCUACAUUAUCUGCUACUGAUCCCGUUACAAUCUUAUCCAUAUUUAAUGCUUAUCAAGUCGACCCCAAGUUAUACACUAUUAUCUUUGGCGAAUCCCUUCUAAAUGAUGCUAUCUCUAUUGUUAUGUUUGAAACUUGUCAAAAAUUUCAUGGGAAACCAGCCAAAUUUUCCUCCUUAUUUGAAGGUAUUGGUCUUUUCUUAAUGACCUUCUCUGUUUCAUUGGUAAUUGGUGUCUUUAUUGGUAUACUCGUUGCCUUAUUACUGAAACAUACUCAUAUCAGAAGAUUCCCUCAAAUUGAAAGUUGUUUAAUUUUAUUGAUCGCUUAUGAAUCAUAUUUCUUCUCUAAUGGAUGUCACAUGUCAGGUAUUGUCUCCCUAUUAUUCUGUGGUAUUACAUUGAAACAUUAUGCUUACUACAACAUGUCAAGAAGAACACAAAUUACUAUCAAAUACAUCUUCCAAUUAUUAGCUAGAUUAUCGGAAAAUUUUAUAUUCAUUUACCUAGGAUUAGAAUUGUUCACUGAAGUGGAAUUGGUCUACAAGCCAAUGUUGAUCAUUGUUACUGCGAUAUCGAUUUGUGUGGCCCGUUGGUGUGCUGUCUUCCCCUUAUCUCGUUUCGUUAAUUGGAUGUACAGAAUGAAGACUAUAAGAUCCAUGAGUUCCACCGUAGGUGACAGAAUUGCCAUCCCAGAUGAAAUACCAUAUAAUUAUCAAAUGAUGACAUUUUGGGCAGGUCUACGUGGGGCAGUGGGUGUUGCCUUAGCAUUGGGUCUUCAAGGUGAAUACAAAUUCACAUUAUUAGCUACUGUUCUGGUGGUAGUGGUAUUGACCGUUAUUGUUUUUGGUGGUACUACGGCAAGCAUGUUAGAGGUGCUAAAGAUUAAGACCGGAUGUGUCAGUGAAAAUGAUAGUGAUGAUGAAUUUGAUAUUGAAGCACCAAUGCAAAUUACACUCCCUAUGGUACGUUCUCCUUUACCACAAGCAUAUUCUGAUAAUAAUUCACCGGCCACCUCGGUAGAAAAUGUUAGAUUAGGAAGCCCUAGUAAUGGGAAGCCUACCACCUUAAAUGCUCCAUUUGAUUCACAGACAGACUCUGUCAUUGAUAAUGGUAAUCUUAACUUUUAUCAGACAAAUGAUGAGAAUGUAAGAGCACCAACACCAACACCAACACCAGCACCAGCACCAGAUGGGAAACAACAACCAUUGAAGGAUAAAUUAGGAAGAUUAUUUAAUUCAGAUUCGCAAUGGUUCCAAGAAUUCGAUGAACAAGUGCUGAAACCGGUCUUUUUGGACAGUAGUAAUGCAGAUAGCCCAAAUAGACCUGCCACACCUAAUAAGAAUGUUCCUUCAGAAUUGGGAAAUAGAAGGCAGUUCUAA